AUGAUAGCGAGUGGGAUCGGGAUGGCGUGUGCCCUCACCUUGGCCAAGGACGGGGCCGCCGGCAUCAUGAUUGCAGACCUGGACCUCACUGCUGCCCGUGCGGUGACUGCCAAAUGCCAACAGGUUGCUACGAAUCCGAUGUUCCGGGCAGAGGUCACCCAUGUCGACGUGACCGACGAAGGAUCAGUCAAGGCCGCUGCAGCUUCGAUGGCCUCGAUCCUGGGCAGGAUCGAUUACUGCGUACACUGCGCUGGGAUUGGCCAGCCGCGCGAUGUGCAGGUCGCCGAUAGCGAUCUGUCCGAGCUUCGGCACCAGCUCGAGGUCAAUGCCACCUGCACUUUCUUGGUCAUUCGCGAGGUGGCGACAAUCAUGAAGGCGCAGGAGUUGCAGCAGCUCUCCUCUUUGCUGGGCGAUCAUCGUGGCGCCAUUCGAGGAACCAUUGUGGUGCUGGGGUCAGCGUCAUCCUAUGUCGCAACGCCCGGUAUGGGGAUGUAUACGGCGUCAAAGCAUGCAAUCAUAGGCUUAGUCAAGAACGCAGCAAUCGAUCACAUUCAGCACGGGAUCAGAGUCAAUGCCGUCUGCCCGUCCUGGGUCAAUACCCCGAUGCUACAAAAAGUGGCGGCGGUUAGUCCUGAGCUCGAGGAGCUUAUACGCAGUCUGGUCCCGAUAAGCCGCAUUGCCAAUGCAGAGGUGUCCGAUGUGGUCGCCUUCAUGUGCAGCCCGCGCUCGAGCUACAUGGUCGGUUGCGGGGUCAUUGUCGAUGGGAGCACCACCCUGACCGGUCGUGUGUGA